AUGAUCCAUAUUGGCUUAAUGGUGCAGAAUGAAAGAAAGGAAGAUGGCUUAAACAUUACCCUGAACCCGGCAGGAAAUGCUUCGACAAUAUCGCAAAAUGAAUCAAUAGGUCUCCCCUUGAAACAAAGCAAACAAGUUCAAACCGAAUUGGAUAAGGUCGAAGCAGGGCUACAAAGAGCUCGAUCCGCCAUAAAAGAAGCUAAAGGCGGGAGCCAAUUACAGGAUCCUGACUAUAUCCCUACAGAAGCUAUGUAUUGGGAUUCCAUGGCCUUCCACAGGUAUCUCUAUCUAUUUACAUCUCUUCUUUUCGCCCUUAACUUGCUUGAAAUUAUAACCAAAAGCGGAUAUAAGAUUAUAAUCAAGAAAGACAUAAGAUUUUAUGAGCACCAGGAAAUGGAGAAACAAUUCAAGGUCUUUCUUUACAAAGAAGGGGAGCCUCCAGUGUUUCAUGAUGGUCCUUGCAAGAGCAUAUAUUCCAUGGAAGGAAAUUUCAUUUAUCAGAUGGAUGUUGAUUCCAAAUUUCAAACUAAUGAUCCCCACAAAGCUCAUGUCUUUUACCUCCCAUUCAGUGUAGCAAAGAUGGUCCGAUUCGUUUUCCCGCGCGACACCUGUGAUUUUAGUCCCGUUCGAAGGACCGUCGUUGCAUACAUCAAUCUCGUUGCGCAGAAAUACCCUUUCUGGAAUCGAAACCACGGUGCCAAUUAUUUCAUAGUCGCCUGUCACGAUUGGGGGCCUCUGGCUAGCUUUUCACUUCCUUACCUUGUAUGGAACUCCAUUCAAGCUCUAUGCAAUGCAAACACUUCCGAAAGACUCAAGCCAGUUAAGGAUGUCUCGAUUCCAGAAAUCAAUCUCUUAAAUGACAAAUUAACCGGUUUGAUCGGGGGACCAUCGGCUUCUCAGCGUAGUAUCUUGGCAUUCUUUGCUGGAGGGGUUCAAGGUCCAAUAAGACCCGUCCUACUCGAGCAUUGGGAAGGAAAGGAUGAAGACAUUAAGGUACAUAAAUACCUUCUGAAAGGUGUUAAUUACCAUGAUAUGAUGAGAAAUAGUAAGUACUGCAUUUGUUCGAGUGGUUACGAAGUUGCAAGUCCGAGGAUUGUGGAGACAUUGUACAAUGGAUUUGUUCCGGUGCUUAUUUCGAAGAGUUACGUGCCGCCGCCAUUUUCUGUGGUGGUUUCGGUGGAGGAGAAUCCCCGGCAGGAGCCAUUGAUGCUACCUUGA